AUGUCCACACUGAUUCCAAACGCGCCGAUUGAUGAUCGGCCCGCAGCUGUGAAAGCUGAUUUGGAGUACGGAAAGUUGACAUCAGACGAAUACUUGUAUGUUUCAAAACAUCCUGUUGGUGAACCCUUACCCACUCCCAUUGAUGACGAGCCGCCAUAUAUAAUAUACUUGGCAACAUUAAUCAGUUAUCUUAUUUUGAUUAUAAUUGGGCAUAUCCGUGACUUUUUUGGUAAAAUUUUCAAGCCACAAGAUUACGAGGAUUUAGUGGAGAAGGACGGUUACGCUCCAUGGUAUGAUGGAUUUGAAAACUUUUAUGUUCGCCGGUUGAAGACGAGAAUUGACGAUUGCUUUGCAAGACCCAUUCAUGGUGCUCCCGGAAGAUUCAUCAAAUGUUUUGUACGGGAAAGAGACGGCAAGAAUUACGUUUACAAUGGUGAAUCCGUGGAAUGUUUAAAUUUAUCCUCUUACAAUUACUUAGGAUUUGCACAAUCUCAUGGUGUUUGUACAGAUAGGGUUCUUGAAUGUGUUGACAAGUACGGCACUUCGUCGUGCUCUCCAAGAAAUGCAAUUGGCACCACUGACUUACACGUGAAAUGUGAAAAAGUCAUUGCAGAAUUCGUUGGUAAGGAAGAUGCUGUUAUCGUGAGUCAAGGAUAUGGAACAAACUCAAGUGUUUUUGCCAGUUUAGUAGACUCUCAAUGUUUGGUUAUAAGCGAUUCCCUCAAUCACGCUUCCAUUAGAUUCGGUAUUAGAGUUUCAGGAGCCUCGGUAAAGGUUUUCAAGCAUAAUGACAUGAAGGAUUUGGAAAAAUUAAUAAGAAAUCAGAUUGCCCAGGGCCAACCAAAAACUCAUCGUCCAUGGAAGAAGAUUAUACUUGCUGUUGAAGGUUUAUACUCCAUGGAGGGUAAUAUGGUUAAUUUGCCCGCUAUUGUUGAAUUGAAAGACAAAUAUAAAUGCUAUUUGUUCGUUGACGAGGCGCAUUCUAUUGGUGCUUUAGGUCCUCACGGAAAGGGAAUUUGUGAUUACUUCCUGGUUGAUCCGGCAAGGAUUGAUAUUUUAAUGGGGACAUUGACUAAAUCUUUUGGUGCUACUGGUGGAUACGUUGCUGCUGAUAAAUGGGUUAUUGAUAGAUUGAGAUUGAACAAUUUGAACAGCAGCUUUGGUGAAGGUGUCCCUCCUCCGGUAUUGGAGCAAAUAAUUUCGUCAUUGCAAAUCAUUAAUGGUACCAUCAACCCAGGAGAAGGUGAAGAAAGAUUGAAGCGAAUCGCUUUCAACUCUCGCUACUUACGUCUUGGGCUUAAGAAGCUUGGCUUUAUUGUCUACGGUGCGGAUGACUCCCCUGUUAUUCCUCUCUUAUUGUACUUGCCAGCGAAAAUGCCAGCCAUUUCGCGGAUGUUGUACGACAUGAAAAUUGCUGUCGUUAUCGUCGGUUAUCCUGCUACCCCAAUUACUACUGCUAGAGUGAGAUUAUGUGUUAGUUCCGCUUUAACAAAAGAGGACCUUGACUACGUCUUAGCCAAGUUCAGUGAAGUCGGUGAUUUGUUGUACUUGAAAUUCAGCAGCGGCGUAGCAGGGGGCUCUUCUAUUCCAGGAGUUCCACCACGCAUGUCUAUACAAGAGGUACUUGCAACAAAUGUGAAAGACAGUAAACUUUCCAAAUUAUUUUAA